AUGGGCAAAUGCUGCAGCAGUAGGUUGGAGAACGAGCAAUAUAGUGAAGUUGGUGAUGAUGGGAGAAAACGCGAAGACAAUGAUGCACUUAUAGAAAACACUAAUAAGAGUUUAGUCAGUGGGAAAGAAAGAAUGGAAGGUGACAAGUACAAGGUUUGUAAUAGAGGGUAUUGGAGACCGGCAGAAGACUCUAAACUUAAAGAACCUGGUGCUCUUCAUGGACCUCAAAACUGGAACCUUAUAGCAGAAAAAUUAAAAGGAAGAUCAAGUAAGAGCUGUAGAUUGAGAUGGUUUCAUCGAGUGAAUCCGAAGAUCAAUAGAAUAGCUUUUAAUGAAGAGGAAGAAGAAAGGCUUAUGGCUGCUCAUAAAGUUUAUGCCGGCAGGACUUCUAGACAUGGACAGUUAUGA